AUGGCUUACCCAAACGCACCCCUUGAUUUCCGCGAUCAGAUUACCAAGGAUUCGUUCAUUGAAAGUUUAAAUGAACAAGAAAUGGAAUGGUCCGUGUUCCAAGGGAGACAUAGAAAUUUAGAAGAUGCAGUACGACUAGCAUUGGAAUAUAAGGCAUUUCAACAAGUUCGCGGAAGACGAAACAGAGUCGCGGUACAGAUGCAGAGAGAAGAACCGAUGGAUGCAAAUAUCAGAAAUGAUGCACACCAAAUGGCUCUCAUCAGCCAGAACACAGAAAAGAAUUUCAACAAGAAAGGUCCAUGUUUCUACUGCAAAAAAGAUGGUCACAUCAAGAGUGAAUGUAGGUUACUACAACGGCACCUGGAAGCAGAGGAAAACAAGAGUCAAAGAAAAUCGGGUCACACCAACAGCGUAGUGACCAAAGUACCAGAAAAACGUGCAGUAGUUGACGCCAGCAGCCUAACGUCAACUACACAACAAAAAGGGCCACAAGUUUUAGAAAUAAAGGGAUCAAGCUUUGAUUUCCUCAGAGAACAUAAUUGUCAGUUACACCUAGGGGAAGGAACUCUUACACUUGGUGACCUGAAGCUAGUAUGCGACACUGUCAGUGAUCAAAGUAGUGUGUUCCAAAUUUCUAUUCAAGAGACUUUAUCUAUUCCCCCAAGAACUAUAGCUGAAAUAGAACCAAAUGUAAGUGAAGUACAAACCAAGAAUGACACCAACAUAGAGCCAGCUGUAGACACAAGCUUUACAAAUUAUGUGAAACCAUUAUGGGACUCUUGUACCAAGAACCUUUCUAAGGAACAACAAGAACUGGUAAGGGAUCUUUUGCAGAAGCACAUUAAAGUAUUCGCAAAAUCAGAGACAGACCUAGGGAAGACAAAUAUUGUGUCCCACAAAAUUAACACAGGAGACGCAAGACCAAUCAAGCAACAGCCUAGACGGAUACCUCUUCAUAAGAAAGAAGCAGCAAGAGAGGAAGUGCAGAGAAUGCUUAAAGCAGGAAUUAUAGAACCAUCCUCUAGCGCUUGGAGUGCACCAAUUGUAUAA